AUGGAAUUACUACCGGAGGGUCAAAAGAACACGGUCACCGUUGCAUACGAAGAUCAACAACGUAUCAAUGAGUUCUCCAAGUUGAUCAUGAGAAAAGAUGCUAUCGAACAAGAUUUGACGCAACAAAGAACAGAGAAAGAGUACCUCGACGACGUAUCGUUGGAAAUUGAAUUGAUAGACGAGGAUGAGAAGGUACAAUAUAAGAUCGGAGACGUCUUCGUAUUUCUAAAACAGAAAGAAGUAGUUGAAAAGUUAGAAUCCGAUGCUGAAAACAUCGACAGCAAUAUAGAAAAGCUAGAGAGCGAUGAGGCGGAAUUGGACUCAAGAAUAAAAGAGCUAAAGAGUAUAUUGUAUGCCAAAUUCGGUGACAACAUCAAUUUGGAACGUUGA